UAAACUUAUGUGGUUUCAAUUGUUUUUAAUCCAUCAUAUGCUGGGUUUCUUCUCCCCAGUCCCCCGCUCUACCUGUUCUGCCACACGUCAUCAUGGCAGGAUCUCUUGGCGCUUCGUGUGGUCCGAGGGCAGAACUUACAGUGCUGGAGAUCAACCAGGAGCUGCACUUAGAGCUGACCAAACAGAAGCAGGACUUCCGAGAUCUCACCCAGAAAUUCCUUGUAUGCCAAGCUACUACAUACUGCCUGGCCAACCAGCUGCAGAAAUACAAGUGUGAAGAGUACAAGGACAUCAUUGAAUCCGUGCUGGGGGAGAAGCUGCAGUUCCGGGUGGUGAAGUUGGCAGAGCAGCUGGCAGAGAAGCUGGCAGAGAAGCCAGUGCUAGCUGAGGAGAGGUUCAGGGAAUACGAUACCCUAAUUUGCUCUCAGGCACGAGAGCUGACCCAGUUACGGCAGAAAUUAUGGGACGGGAGAGAAGACUCUAUCCUGCUCAUUCAACAACUCAGGGACGUCCUCACCCACAAUGACCUUGACAACAACCCGGGCCAGGGCUUCCGAGAGCAGCUGACCGAGGGAUGCAGGCUGGCAGAGCGCCUUGCCCGCAAGCUCAGCCCAGAAAUUCAUGAAGAUGAGGAAGAUGAACUAGAAGAAGAAACACUCACCCCCAGGUAAUCAUGAAGUCUUAGGAGCCGGUAAUGGGUAGGUAAAGUAUGGAGAGGGUAGAAGAAAGAUGAACCCAUGAGGGCGAGAGAGUCUCAUGUACCAGAUGUGAGAAAAGAAAACCUGCAGAUUGCAUCGA